AUGCUACAAUGGGCGCUACAGGUACAAUGUGCUAUAGAACUGUUCUGCAUAAAAUUCAAGGAGAAUGAGAAUGACCUCCUUUCACAAGGGGAGUGGCAGGACCUUCGAAAUAUGGCCUGUAUUCUCAAGAACUUUGCAGAUGCAACACUUGCUACAGAAGGUUAUGCCUCAAGCAUUGAUUUAACACUCCAAUCGAUGGACUUCUUACUUCACGUGUUUGAAACUGCGAAGAAUGAUUAUGCAAUGGACCCGUUCCUUGCACGUGUCAAGGUUGAGGAGCUGUGGGUUAACAAGUACAAAGCAUUGACAGUUAGUGCAGAGAUUGCAGAAGUUGAAGGGGAUGAGCUAGCGGAGCAUGGGCCUGUGGAGUUAUUGAUGGGUAAAUCCACAGAAGGUGGGCAGAAGGCGGAAGAUGAAUCAAUCGAAUCACACUUGAAGAUCUCUGACGAAUCAAUCGAGCUGGGCAAGAACACAUUAGACGAAUUCCUUGAACUAUGUUGGAGCGCGUCUGAUGAGACAAUUGAGUCAGGGUGGAACGUCCUCGACGAGUUCGUCAGAGUUUGGAUGUUUGAUGAAGGAACAGAUAUUUGUAGAGCUUAA